AUGGAGGCCUCAAAUUCCAGUGAUGCUCGGGCCGUCACUGUCACCGACGAGGACAUGGUCACCAAGGACACCUCCAUCGACUUAGACAAGAAGGGCGUAGGGAGUGCACAGAUGAUCGAGGCGUCGGAGGACAGCUCGGUGGGGUCGUACCGCCUAUACAGGCGUCGCUUUGUUGGUAUCACGGCUCUGGUCUUUCUGAACAUCGUUGCGGCAAUGGCAUGGCCAUGGUUUGGGCCAAUAUCGAACAACAUGGCCGAGGAGUUCGACAUCACCCUCGACGAGGUCAACUGGCUUGGAAACAUCGUUGCCUGCAUCUACCUCCCUACAGCUCUCCUCAUUCCUGUCGUUGUGUCAAGAUACGGACUUCGUCGAUGUUGCGAAAUUGGAGCGGUUUCCCUUAUCAUCUCUGCAUGGAUUCGAUACGCCGGGACAGCUCGCUCCCUUGGGCCCAGAAGUGCCUAUGGACUGCUUAUGGUUGGCCAGCUCUUCGCGUCGAUAGCACAACCAAUCUACCAAGUCAUCGGGCCUGUUUACUCUGAAGCAUGGUUUGACCUGAAGGGAAGGACGACGGCGACUAUGGUCAUCGCGAUUUCUAAUCCUGUCGGAGGUGCGUUGGGUCAACUACUGAGUCCGCUUGUAGGCGAUACACGACAAUCAAUCCUCGUACUGGGCAUCAUGGCCACAGCUGUUGCUCCUUUCGUUUUGCUCGUUCGAAGCAACCCUCCGACGCCGCCAACCUAUUCCGGUGGCCAGAAACCUCUUUCUCUCAUUUCCCUGUGUCGUGCCAUGCUCGGGUUGGAGGUCGAACCAGCAGCACACAUGUCUGGAACGGAACGACUGGACUUCUUGAUCAUCGUUCUCAUCUUUGGUGUUCUCGUAGCCGCAUCAAACACGUUCUCGAUCCUGUCAGCACAGCUUCUGGAACCCGUGGGAUACAGCGAUGAUGAGAGUGGCUUCAUGGGCGCUUGCAUGCUUCUGACCGGUAUCGUCGCUGCCAUCAUCAGCGCACCCCUCUUCGACCGCGUCUUCACCCACCACCUGGCUCUCACGGCCAAAAUUUUGGUCCCUUUCGUAGCCGUAGGGUGGUUCUCGUUGAUUUGGGCGGUCCGGCCUGAUAACACCGCAGCUCUCUUCGUCAUCAUGACCGUUAUUGGCAUAUGCUCAAUCCCAAUGCUUCCAGUUGGUAUUGAGCUUGCUUGUGAAGUAACGCGGAAUGCUGACGGUGCUGCUGCAAUCGUGUGGUUUACCGGCAAUCUCUUCGCCAUCGCAUUUGUGUUGUCAAUGGGUGCUCUCCGCGCUGGAGAAGACGCCUCUCCACCACUCAACAUGAAACGCGCUCUCAUCUUCAACGGCGUCGUUGUCCUCGCUGUCUGCUGUUCGGUCUUCUUCCUCCACGGCCAUCAGAAACGAAAGAGACUAGACGAGGAAAAGUUACAACAAUCCCUAGCGAUCCGGGGCCAGCUCGAUGUCCUCUCACCUUGA